AUGCAGCAGGCCAGCAUUGACAAGGAGGAGCACAACAGGAGGCAAGCAGAGCUUUUCAAUAAGAAGACGAAGGAUUUCUCGGCACCUCUGCCUCCAGAAAUUACAGAGCGACAGCAGAGGAUAGUGGACGUGGUGCCUGAUCUCGGGCCAGGCUCCAGAGUAAUGGAUGUGGGCAGCGGCACAGGCUGCCUCAUUCCUCACAUGCACCAAACAGGGAUUCAGGACAUCCUCGCAGUGGAUCUCGCAGAGGACUUGCUCGCCAAGGCGAGGGAGCAAUAUGGGACUUCCAGCACCUUAGGAAAUGACCAUGGAUUCCGCACAUGGGUGGGCGAUGUGGAGAGUGUCCCAGCCUAUCAGGGACCCUUCGAUGUGGCCUUUUUCAAUGCCGUCUUCGGCAACGUGUAUGACCAGCGAGAGGCGCUCCUCCGGACCUCUCUGCUCCUCAGACCUGGGGGGCACAUUGUGAUCAGUCAUCCGUUGGGCCGCGCAUGGCACGAGCGGCUGCGGGAGGGGGACGCAGAGAUAGUGCCGCACGCCCUCCCAGACAGGCCCACCCUGGAACGCCUCAUAACGGACCUCCCCCUGCGCCUGCGCAGCUUCCAGGACGACCCAGACCUCUACCUCACCCUCCUGCAGGCAUGUGCUUCACCUGUGCCGCCGGCAUACCUGAUCCAGGGGAGGCCGCUGGAGCUGGAGGGGGAGGUGGUGGCUGGCUUUGGGCGCGGCAGCAGCAGGAUGGGCGUCCCUACCGCCAACAUAGCGCCGGGGCCCCUGGCAGCAAAACUGGAGGGCCUCCCUCUCGGGGUCUACUUUGGGUGGGCACAGCUGGAUGCGGGGCCGGAGCAGCCGGAGGAGGACUCCGCGGUGCACAAGAUGGCCAUGAACAUCGGCCGGCGGCCGAGCAUCGAGGACGGAACAGACAUCACAGUGGAGGUGCACAUCCUGCAUAGCUUUGCAGCCAGCGAUUUCCGCGGCAGACAGCUGCGCGUCGUUGUCGGUGGCUUCAUCAGGCCAGAGAUGCGAUUUGGGAGUUUGGAUGAGCUCAUAGCGCGGAUCAAGUCGGAUGUCGGCAUUGCCAAGGCGCAGUUGGACCUGCCAGAGCACCAGCUGUGCAAAGCACACGAGAUGUUCGUGCGAUGAGAGCGAGGAGUGCAAGUCAGCAGGAGAGGAGAGACUUUUGAAUGUGCCCUAGUGACCUAGAUUUGCCAUUUGAAGCCAUGAGAUCUGUACAGUUACGAAGUAUGCGCAUAGUGCAUGCAUUAAUGAAUAUUCUCUUGUCAAUUGCAAGAUGCCCUGUUCGUUUGCAGUCAAUUCAGUGCCUGCUUAUAAUGACCUGUGGUGCACGUCUAAGUUCCAUAAGCAUGCAUGCAGUCCUUAGGAGGAAGAACUCUGAAAGUCAGUCUGUAAUCAAAUAUGCACAU